AUGCGCGCCAAAGCCAUUCUGGGCUUGCAAGUCGGUGUCAAUGAAGUAUCUUUGGUUCACCAGGCCUUUCGCUCUCUCAUGCGGAAGCUGCAUCCUGAUCGCAUUGGGAACUGCCCAAAGGCAGCUCAAGCAAUCGAUCUCCUUCAGGAGGCAAAACAGCUCUGUGAAAAGGCCUUCUCACAGCUACAGCCACCGAAUCCACCACAGGGGCUUUCUUCCACAGUCUUGUGCGCUGCCCCUGGCCGGCGCCGAAUCAGACUGGACUGGACUCCUGAUAUGAAUUCACUGGCUGCACCAGUCCGAAGAUAUUUAGUGGCUGCACUUGAUCCAGCAUACGGUCAGGCUCUUACAAUCACCGUCCUGGAGCCAGAGUACAAUGAAACCUUGAAACGCUUCACAACCAUCGAGGAGCUUACAACCUACGAUUUGGCAGAGGAAGAACUAAGCAAGUUACCAAGCUUUUUCCAGCAAGCUCAUGGGAUAAUUCGUGUGGCUGCUGAAAAUGAGGUGGGUCAGUCGAGCUGGAGCUCCAUCCAGCUGACUUUUAGUCGGAUGGUGGUAAGUUCUGUAUGUAAACUCUCAAGGAAGGAAGAGAAGCCAAAACGACUUGCCCCAAGCGGGCCGGCAGUGUCCUCGCGAGAGCGGAGAGACUUCGAAGCAACUGCGCACUCUUUGCGUGACCAAGGUGGUGAGCUUUGUGCUUGGUUGCGGAAGCAGAGCAAGGCUUUGCUGUCUGGCUGGCUGAAGUCACAGGGCUGGCCAACAACAGGUUCGAAGGACGAGCUAGUGGAUCGGGUAGCUUUUGCGGUUGGGGCCGUUAGCAAAGUGAAGUGA